CCCCAACAUUAAAGUGUUGUUUGCAAUGUUUGGCCGCUUUUGGUAGAUUUUGGCUACUUUUUCAAAGGCAUUUGGCUCUGAGCAUGCGCAUGAAUCUACCAACCCUGAGAAAGAUGGCGUCGGAAAAUGUAGAAAAGUCCAAAAAGAACACAUCAAUGACAUCGAUAUCUACGAACUCUUUUGCGAACGACGGCAGCUUUUUAGAAAUGUAUAAACAAAGAAUAAAAGAGCAAGAAAAUACCGCAGACGAAAAGAAAGAUGUUAAAGCAGAGACGGAAAAACGAAAAACUACAAACUUAUUGUUACAGGUGUGAAUUAAUAUAAAUGUGAAUAGACAACUUCUAAUUGCUCAGUUUGGGGGAAGUUGUUUGUAAUAUGUUGCAUUUAAUGGUAUCGUUACUGUAUAAAUGUUUUAUAAAAUAUGUUGGUUGUCUAUAAAAGUGCACAUUUGUCAUUGCCGCUGUGAUGAUGUAUUUACCUCAGCCACAGGUCAAACCCAGACUUGCCAACCCCGAGAAUACAAAACCAGGAGAAAAAAAAAAUCUGGGAGAUGUGUCAAAAAAGCAGGAGUUCAGGGAGCGUUGACAAAUAGAUUUCGUCACACUUAAUGGCAUUUGUGCCGUUAAAGGCCCUCCCCCCUUAGGGGCCAUUCACAAAGGAUGUCCGGCCAAAUGAUGGAUUUUCAGACCCCCCCCUUGUCCGACAUUGUCUGAAUUAGUGACCCUCCCCCCGGACAUCCGCCAUGCCUCGCAAAAACUCACGCAACCUUGUAUAUAUCAAGAGUAAAAAACUUUUUUUACUUUUAGAACUUUUUUAUAACUGUAAAUGUGAACACAAAAACAUCUAAAUUACUAAUUAAAACAUAAUCUAGUGUUAACCGCAUAGUCAAAAUGCCAAUUUCACAAUGGGAAGGACUGCUCAAAAUAGAGGGAAAAAGAAAUUUGUUUUUGAAUUUUUUUAAAUUUCGGACAUCCGGAUUGCUAAAAAACCACCCUCCCCCCCUAAGUCCGAGUUUGUCCUGAUUUUCCAGCACAAAUGCUGUUAAGCAUGACAAAACCUAUUUGUCAACGCUCCCUAAGUAGAACAUCUGACUUCAUUCAUAUGACAUUCAAUUCUAUAUAUAGUCUGGUGAUAUUUAGCUUGACUCAUCAUUUGAAGUAGAAUCAGCAAGAAAUUAUUAACAUUCAUCGAAAUUUAAUAGCAUCAUGAAAUAAUUAAUUAUUAGUAUAAUUACAUAGGUGAUUAUUGAAAAUUCUCCACGCUGAUUGGUUGCCGUUGAGGUGAUUAUUACACGAUAAUCACCUAAGCGAUUUUCAAAAUGCCGGCCGAAGCCUUUUUGUCAAUUAAAUGAUGAAGAAAUCUGUAUUUUCUUAUUUUUUUACAAAUAAUCACCGAUAAUCACCUCGUCUUCGGCGAAUAAUUGUUAAUUAAUGCAUAUUCUAGAAGCAAUAUUGAUUUGUUACAUGUGAAUGUCAUACCAAAGCGAAAAGACACAAUGUAGUUUAAUUAAGUUUAUCAUAUUAAAUUUUUACAUGCGAAGGAAACUUUUUAGAAAUUUCAUUUCAAACUGAAUUACUUAAUUUAUUUCAUUUCUGGAACAACCUGGGUAUUUUGGCUCUUUGUCAGUGAAACUGGGAGGGUUGACAUGUCUGUAAAACUUCCAUGAGAUUUGCUACAUGAUAAUACUUUCCACACAGUCCUAAUAUCUCAUCAUUACUGUUUUUAAUGUUUGUUAUGUUUAUUAUGUUAUGUUAACCAUUGAGUGGCAAAACACUCCCUUGAUGAGUAAAAUCGUCUGGCAUAAUACAGAGUAAAAUAAUUAAAAUAAUAAAUAGUGCGCAUCUAGUCGCAUUGCCACUUGAAGGUUAACUCUUACCAUUUGCAUUUGAUUGAACCUUUUGCGUGGCGUGUAAGUACCUCUAUUUUACCAGCAAAUUGGAUGGGGUUUUGGACAAAAUAGAGGUGGUUUGUCACAUAUGUUAGAUAUGGCAAUUAAGCUUAUCAGCUUAUUUUAACAGUGUAUUCAUAACUGGUGAAUACAGUAGACAUAUGUAAGUUAUACUGUAAUUAUUUACAGGGCUGGUGCAAACACUAAGUCAAUGAUUUAUAUUGAACUUUAAACUAUGUUGUUUAAACAGCCUCUUCUUGUUCUCCUGUCUGGUACUACUAUGUCGAUGCAAUAUAAUAUUUAGUUAUUUUUAUUAUUAACUUGGUUGCACUUUGAUGUGUCUCUGAGAAUUGUUUUGCCACCUGACCUUUACACACACAAUAGGCAUUGCAUGUAUAUCAUUUUGAAAACAAGGGUGGAUUUUCAUUAUUUUUUUUAAAGGGGGGGGGGGGGAAUUCACCACUGACUGAGCUUUGGCAGGGGUUAGGCAUAGGGUUAAAGACUUUCACACAAAAUAGGAGGGUCAAGUGAAAUAGUGGUGGGGUUGAACACUUUAUAAGUGGGGUUAGAGAGACUCUAGGAAGGGGUUAACUCCCAAUAAAUCAGCCCAUGAUUGAAAACUGCCCAAUUCUGCAGUCUAGUUUGUUUUGCUUGGCAUACUUACAGUUAAAUUUAAAUUGUCACACCAUUGUUAUGUAAAUUAUGUUAAAAUUUGCAUUUUAGUUUUGUAAAAUCAAUUUCAAUUUUGUGAGAAAUCAAACUUUUAAAGGUUUUUUGUGUUGUAAUUAAAGCUUAAUUUUCAUAUAAGGAUUAAGUGUUGAUCAUAAGUAUAUACAAUGCUAUGUGAUUGAACAAUAAAUUAAUAAAUUAUGCAUAGAUAAGUGAUUGUCAUUUUAUUCUUAGCAUUUUUGCACAAGUGAAUACAACAAAUCCUACAAGUUGAUUGGUCAAAUUUGACGUAUUUAAAAGCUGUUAUAACAAAACCGAAAUUUACAAAAUGGCGGCUAGCCGCCGUUUUACGGAUGUUACUGAUAAAGAAAUAAGCGAAAUUAAAAUAACUUCAGUCCCCCAAAACACAAAAGACUUGUGUAAAAAUACUAAAACAAUUAUUUGCCCCAGGCUCGCUGAUUAUUGGGGGAAUACCUUCGUCUCGGUGAAUAUUCCCCGAUAAUCACCUCGCCUUCGGCGAAUAAUUGUUAAUUAUUGAGUACAAACUUAUAUUUUAAAGAAAGUCAGCACUUGUUUCUAUCUACCAAACUGAGGUGACGUCAUUUUCGGAAGACGGAAGAGGUGUUAAAUGGCUAUAUAACUAACCCAAUCCCUACUCUAACCCCAUUCUCAUACCCAGAGCCCUUCUUACGCGCGUUCGACCGAGCGCGACGAGGGGCUCUGGCCAAUUCCAUAUCAAACUGGCAUCUGAUUGGCCAUAAUCUAAUACCGGAUAUUGUUCUCUUACCAUGUUUUUAUGGUAUCCGGUUAUGGAUUUGGCCAGAGCCCCUCGUCGCGCUCGGUCGAACGCGCGUAAGAAGGGCUCUGGGUACGAGAAUGCUCUAACCCCUAACCAAAACAAUAAAAUAAAUCCAAAAAGAUUCGACUUUAGAAAUUGAUGAAAUGACGUUGACGUCAGUUUGAUGGUUGGAAACGAGUGAAAACCAUUAAAGAAACUAUCAUGUCUCCUUCAUUUUAAUCAUGGUCAUGACAACUUUUGGCAACUCAUUUCUUGUUAGUAGCAAUGCAAGUGUGUUCAAAAUACAUAAAUAUUUGCUUUUAUCGAGUUAAUUGCCAUUAAGUGUAUUCCAUCUAUGGUCAAAAUGUUCUUAAGCCAGCCGCAACCAUUUGUAAAUAGUUGUAAUAUAGUUGUUGCAACCAAUUGUUAUAUAGUUACUGUGAUCUUAAUCAAUGAAGCAGUUUGGUUUACAUUGAACAUCCCUGAACUUGUCCCAGUGUAGAGGUAACAAACUUGCAUGGAUUGGUAAAGUCUCAUAGGUGUUAGUCACUCUGAAUUUAGGGGAAGAGAAAAAUUCCUGUAGGAAGAAUGCCCGGAUCAUCAAAACAACUUGAUGCUAAAAAGAAAAAGCAAGAAAAGGCAAAAAAGAAGGUAAAAUGCAUGCAGUAGUGAGAUAGAGAACCAGGGGCGUAGGAAGCGGGGGGGGGCACGGGGGCACGUGCCCCCCCCCAAUUUUUUUAAAGGACUAAAAGUGCCCUUUUUUGUGAUAAAAAGUGCCCUUUUUGUGUUGAAAAGUGCCCUUUUUUGUGAGGAAAAGUGCCCCUUUUGUAGAAGCUAAUGUCGCUGUAAAUACUAAAUUAAAACAAUAGGUUCCGUUUUUGUGUGGAAAUUUACAAAUUUUUUUUAAAAAUUAGGUCACAAACAUAAAUUUCGGUAUGAUACGACGGAAAAUUUUCCUCAGGAGAAAUUCCCGAUAUCAUAUCAGAUAUACAAACACAGUAAUGAUUUCUUUUGUGUUUUCUUCAUGAAUCAUUAAUGAAUUUCACAAUUUUAUAUGCAGUAUGUACUAUUUCUGUACACUAUUCUGUGUGUUUGAAGAGUAAAUAUAUAUAUGAUUGCAGUAUGAAAAUACGAGAAAUUAGUGAAGAUUGGUGGCAUUGCUUUCGAGAACGAGUUCUUGAAAUCCAAAAGAUUAAGUUUCCUGUUGAGUGUUGGUUACAAGGCUUUCAAAAACUCAAUAAUUCAUGAGGAAAACACAAAGAAAAAUCAUAAGAGUGUCGUAUCUUUGUAUGUGAUAGAGAUUUCCCUUGAUUUACAUAAACUUUACUUAACCUUGAUUUUCUCGACUUGCACAACGUAUUUUUUUAAAAUUACUUCGCCAAUGCCAAUUACUUCGCCGUUUUUGAAAUAAUUUAAAACAUUCGCAGUGCAUGUUUUAUCAGACCUUUAUAUCUGAUAAAACAAAGACUGCUGCUCAUGUAUGAACUAGUACAUAAAGGCACUUGCUUUAUCUCAUUUAUGUAUAAUAAUAUAAUAUAACAUAACAUAUAACGUAUAACAUAUAACAUAUAAUAUAUAAUAUAUAAUAUAUAAUAUAUAAUAUAUAAUAUAUAAUAUAUAAUAUAUAUAUAAUAUAUAAUAUAAUAUAAUAUAAUAUAAUAUAAUAUUAAGCGUCAUCUCUUUAGGAAGAGGAGAACCCAGAUGAAAAAUCCAGCGCAUGGAAAGCAUAUAUGGAAGAAGUGAAGAAAUAUAAAGAAAUGUCUUGUACAGACGACUCGGAGCAGAAUCGACCUUUAGUAAAGUAGUUUUUAAAUAAUUUGUAAUUUUAUCAUUAUCAGCGUAUUUUUAUCGUGAUAGUGUAUUUAGUGUAUCAUAGAGAAUUCCAAAUAUCUAUAUUGUAGUAUUGUAUCUUGUCUAACAUGCUAUUUAUGUUUGAAAACAUUCCAUCUGCAUGUCAAUUGGAUGUGUUAGAAACUGAUAGAGGGGCGAGUGCCGAGAAUCCUAACGGCUGGAAACCGAGCCUAAAAGCUCCCAUUUUCGAUUCAAACGAUACUCAGAAAUUGACGUGGCGUUUAUGAACAUGAAACCAAAUGGGUCUUGGGUUCUCACUUCGACCCGGGAGGGAGAUGUGUUUAUUAAAUAUAUUUAUUUUAAAGAUUACACACAGUUCAUGUGACAUAGAUAAUACAAAGACUAUAGAUAUGUUUUGAGUUAAAAUUGAUAAAUCAUUGCAAUGUUUGAAUAUUUAUUAUUAUAAGUAAGUUUAAAAAGACGUUUCUUGCAUGUUGAUUCCAAAAAAUGACUCAGUCGUACAAUUAUGACUAACAUUAAUGUUAACUGUAACUGUAGUACAGUACCAGUGUAAAUUGUAGCAAUGUUAGAUUGUCACAUCACUGUUACGUUAGUGUUAUUCUGUAAACAUAAUUUAAUUCUGCAUAUAAUUAAAUACGCAUCAUGCAAGUUUUUUACAAAACAAACUACAUACAUGUUAGUAUAACUGAAUGACUGACGACAUUAAAAAAAAAUAUACGAACAUUGU